CAACGCAUUGUAAACAAAUCGCAAACGUUUACAAACAUUUAUUUGGAUGUUUGGAAAAUGGCCAACAAGAAGCUUAGCGAUGUGAAUCUCUACGAUCUGCUCGGUAUAUCGAUUGAAGCCGAGCAGGCUGAGAUACGUAAAGCUUACCGAAAGCGUGCGCUUGAUUGCCAUCCGGAUAAGAAUCCCGACAAUCCACAGGCAGCGGAGCGUUUCCAUGAACUCUCCAAAGCUUUGGAAAUUCUCACCGAUGUCACAGCACGCGCCGCCUAUGACAAGGUGCUCAAAGCAAAGAAGGCCGCGGAGCUGCGCACAAAACAACUGGACAGCAAGAGACAAAAACUAAAGGAGGAACUGGAGCAGCGGGAACGUGCAGCGUUACAUAAAUUGCAGGCUGGUCAACCCUAUAGCACAGUGCGUAAGAGUGAUGAGGAGGUGCUGCAGGAACAAAUCGAGCGCCUGAGACGAGAGGGCUCUAAGCUGCUGGAAGAGGAGCAACUCGCCAUGCGGGAGCAGCUCAAACGCAACUAUAAUGAGCAACGGCAACAACAACAACAAGCACCUGCAUUCGAUUCCACGCAGCAUCGCAUUAAGAUUAAAUGGAAGGCGGACAAAAGCGAUGCCAGUAACGGUGGCUACACUCAGGAGCAGCUAAUGCAGUACCUCAAGAAAUACGGUGAGGUGGUGGCGCUUGUCAUGAACACCAAAAUACGCGGUCGUGCAAUGGUCGAGCUAAAGACACGGGAAGCCUGCGAUAUGGUGUUAGCCUAUGAGAAAGGCAAUCCCUCAAAUCCAUUGCACUUUCAAUGGGUCACGCCUCCGGCACAUGAGAAACCCGCAAUGCCAAUGACCACAGCAGGCAACACAUCAUCCCGAGACUACGAGGAUUUGGUCAUGCGUAAGCUGCGUCAGGCAGAGGAGCGCAAACGUUUAAUUGAGCAAAUGAUGAAAGAGGAAGGCAAUGAUUAAUCGUUUUAUCUAAUUUCGAAUUAAAAUUUUAUAUUUAAUUAUUAA